AUGUGUUGUCGCGAGGGCGGCUGCAGACCUUGGCUGCUUCUACUGAGGUUUCUUCUUAUCUCCAGAUCAGAUCGGCAGCAUCCCUCUGCCUUUUGCUCAAGCAACUCUCUCUCUCUCUCACAUUUUCUCUCUCUCACUCUCUCUCUCUCACUCUCUCUCUCUCACAUCUCUCUCUGUGUCGCGAUGGCGGCGCUGACGGCGCUGGAGCGGCGUUUGAGCGGGGUGGCCGUACUGGAGCAAUGCAUGGAGACUGGGUUUUUGGACGUGGAUGUGGCCAGUCGUUCUGCUCCUGUUCAGGCUACGGUGGCUACAGGUCCCGCGGGCGAUGUCGAGGCAUUGGCAGGCGCGGCGGGGCCGACGGCGCCCGGUUGGGAGCUGCGCUCCUUUGAGCGAUGCGUGCUGGUCUUGAGCGCGGGGGCUCGGGCCGCUGUCAUGCUGCCGCGCUCGACGCAAUCAACUUCGAGCCACGCUGAAGCUCUGCGUCGUUUCUGGCAUGAACCGUCUGCCGAUGGCGCGCACACCCUCGUUCAGUCUCACGCUCUUUUCGCCGUUUACGAUCCCGUCCAUCCCAUCGUGGCUGCCGUGCAAACCUCCCAUCGCCAUUUUCUCAUCAUCCGCGACAACGCCAGUUUCACCGCCCUGGCUUACGACGAGGAUUACGAACCCCAGGCCGUGCAUCAUGGCGAGCUCCUCACCACCCGUGGACGCCUCCUGGCGGUGGCCUACGAACCCGAGCGUGCCGUCCUCGCUCUCCUCCACCACCCGACCGACCACGACCACGCUCGCCUCGUCCUGGCCCGCCUCGUUCGGCAAACAAACAGCAGAAUCGACGUGCUGCAAACGCAUGUCGUCUUGACCCAGCUCCCUCCCCAGCACACCUACUGGCUAUCGGCCCAAACGCAUGACUUUGUCGUACUGGCCCAAAACCAGCCCUGGCGCCUCGUCUGGCACCUUCGUCACAACAGACUCGAAGCCGCUCUCUUUGAUACACCGCUGCUCAAGGUGCCCGCCCAAGUCGAUCUGGCUCGUCUUGGCCGCGGUUCCGACGUUGUCCCUGCCUACAAUUUUGCCGCCGCUUUGCGCGUUAUUCGCAGCCAUCUCCUCUCCCCGCGCUACACCAACUCCCUACAGGCUGCCAACCUUCGUCUCGUUCUGCACGUCAGCAACGCUGGCCACCAAAGCGCUGCGUCGUCGCCACUCGUCAUCCUCCGUACCGAUGGUCGCAUUCAAAAAUUUCAAGACGCUGAACCCCACACAGUGCACGUACUCACCCCAGACACAGCCGCACGAGUGCUUUUUGCCGUUCUCUUCUCCCAAAGCCAAGCGCUGCUUUUGGGUUUCGCAGAUCGCCUGGACCUCGUCCAAUUGGGCGCCAAGUCAAAUGAAGCGCCGCUUCAGACCACCAAACUCCACCCCGCCCUGCUUGCAGCGCCCAGCUUUAGAUCCACGUCAUACUCUUCCGCUGCCAGUCACCGCACCUCGGUUGUAUUCUCACAGCAGCCCGUGCGUGGCCCUCUGGAGGAUGCGCUGCGCCUGAUGGAGGCCCACGAUUGGCCCGCCGACAAGUUGCAUGCCUUUGAUCAAAUUGUGCAAGGGCCGGCGCUGGUCUCGGCCGUGUUUGGUCAGGACGACCAACAUACUGCCAAGCUCCACCAUCAUUUUCAGGCCUGCUCCAGCAAGCCACCCACGCCACUUACCAAGGUCGAGUCAGAAACUUGA